AAUGGAUUAAAAGCAGGACUUCACGUGGACUUGUUGGUUUUUGUGACAUCGCGAGGAGCGCUUUCUCGUCAAAGCGGCGGCCAUGGAGAACCAAGGCGCCGAGCUGCAGAAUGACGAAGACGUGCAGAGAAGCGGCUACCUCCGCAAGCACAAAUCAAUGCACCGGCGCUUCUUCGUGCUGAGGACGGCCUCGGAGCGUGGUCCCGCUCGCUUGGAGUAUUACGAGAACGAGAAGAAAUUCCGCAGCAAAUCUCCCGUGCCCAAGAAAGUGCUGAACCUGGAGACGUGCUUCAACAUCAACAAGCGGGCGGAUUCCAAGAACAAGCACCUGAUCGUGCUCUACACCCGCAGCGAGAGCUUCGCCAUCGCCGCCGACAGCGAGGAGGUCCAAAACCAGUGGUACCAAGCCAUGCUGGACCUCCAGUGCAAUUGUAGAUCUCCUGACGACUACGGAAGUAGCGGCGAGUGUAGUUCUCCGUCUCCGAUUCCAACUUUCAAGGAGGUGUGGCAGGUUAAAGUUUGGCCAAAAGGUCUUGGACACGCCAGGAACUUAGUAGGCAUCUACCGCCUGUGCCUAACUGACAAGACCGUCAACUUUGUCAAGCUCAACUCUGACGUGGCCGCUGUGGUGCUGCAGCUGAUGAAUGUUCGCAGAUGCGGCCAUUCGGAGAACUUUUUCUUCAUCGAGGUGGGUCGUUCAGCCAUAACCGGGCCCGGAGAGUUUUGGAUGCAAGUGGACGAUUCUGUGGUGGCUCAGAACAUGCACGAGACCUUGCUGGAGGCCAUGAAAGCUCUAAGCGAGGAGUUCCGCCAGCGCAGCAAAUCUCAGUCCGUGGGGACGUCAUGCGGCGGCGGAACCGCUUCCAACCCCAUCAGCGUUCCGAGUCGCCGGCAUCACCCGAAUCUGCCGCCCAGUCAGGUAGGCUUCGCCAGGCGAGCCCGCACGGAGACCCCCGGCGGCAGCAGUACCGGCACCUCGCCGACGUCACGCCACGGAUUCCCGCGGGCUCGAACGGCAAGCAUCGGGGCCAGGUCAGAGGAGAGCGGAGCGAGUACCAGGUCGACGUGGGCCAGCUCCAGCCCGAGUCUUAACGGAUCCUGCUCGACGACUCCCACGCUCAGGCCCAAGCCCACCAGGGCCCCCACCCCUGCGAAGAUUACCCUCAGCCUCGCACGCUACACGCCUAACCCCGCUCCCUCUCCUGCUUCGAGCCUGUCCUCCAGCUCCGGUCACGGCUCCGAGUGCGGCCUGGCGGGCGCGGCGGCCGGAGGUAUGACGGUGUGCUCCUACCCCCGUGUGUCUCAGAGAGUUUCUGUUUCAGGUUCCCCGAGCGACUACGGCUCCUCGGACGAAUACGGCUCCAGUCCCGGUGAACACUCGCUGCUCGUGCCCGGUAUGGCUGCCCAUCACGGGCACGGAGAAGGGCCCUCGAGCUACAUCGUCAUGGGUCAGCGAGAGGGCUUCUUCGGUUCCCAUCAUCGCUCCAAAGGCCGACGAAUUCUCCGGCGCUCAUCCAGUCGGGAUUCUGAGGCAGAACGACGACUACUAAGCAAGAGGGCUUCUCUGCCUUUGGCCACCCACGAACGACUGGCUCCGCAUCGGAAAGAUGACGACGAGGACGAUGAAUAUGCCAUAAUGUCACAGAGUGGCAACAGGGAAGGCUCCGGCUCCGGCAGCGUGGCGCUAGGGCGCGGGCGGCGUGACGCGGCAGGGGAAAACAGGAAGAGUUUUGACAAAGGGAGAGAAGCAGAUGCAAGAGCUCCUUCGGAUAGCGGCUACAUGUCAAUGCUGCCUGGAGUCACGUCUCCGGCCGCACACGACGAGUACAUGGCCAUGACGCCCAACAACAGCGUGUCCCCGCCUCAGCACAUGCGGCAGCCCAGCUCAGAGGGCUACAUGGUCAUGUCGCCCAAUAGUAGCGUCGCCGCAGAGUUGCACGGACUGGGUAUGUGGGAUAGCCGGGCCAGCGUCGAGAGCCGGGUGGCCAGCGACUACAUGAACGUCUCACCCGUCAGUAGCCGUUCUGCUUGUAGCACACCACCUUCCCACCCCGAACAGCACCAACUGCAACCGAAAAUGUUCAAUUCCUACUUUUCUCUGCCCCGAGCUUAUCAGCAUACCCUCUACAGUCGCUUUGAGGAGGACUUAAACAAAGGGGAGUGCAAAAAAGACACUAGCGAUAGCGCUGGAAUGAGCGGCGGAGCGGGGUGCAACAAGAGAAACAAAAUGGGAGCGGCUCCUACCGGCGGCUUCCAACUCUCCAUGUCUUCGUCGUCUUUCUCCUCGAGCUCGGCCAGCAGUGAAAGCCUGGAGGACAAGUCCGUAUCGGCGGGGAAAGGGUUAAGUUUGUACAAGAGUGCAGGAGCGUGCGCGAAAGAUGGCCGUCACCUACAAAAACGCGGAUCGAGCUGCAAGAGUCCAAAGCAACAGAGGAGGGGCCGCCCCCUCAGUAUGUCUGCAGACAUUGCUAAAGCCAACACCUUGCCUCGGGUUAAGGAGAACGUGCCCCCGAUGGCGGCUCACAAUGUCGGCGAGUACGUCAGCAUUGUGUUUAAGGAAGACAAUAAGUAUAACGGCGGAAGACGUGCAGGCCCAGAUCGAGCACAAGCCGUGAUUCACGGAACCCUGCGGCCCUCGAACCAGCCGCUCCUCGUUCCCGAUAAUGCUGCUAACCUUCCUCGCAGCUUCUCUGCGCCGUUGGCCGCCUCUGCUGAGUAUGUCGGCAUGGACGUAGGGAAGUCAUCGACGCCCCUAAGCCCGCCGCAAGAUGCCGUCCCCAAGGCUCGACUUGAACGUGGCGCAUUUUCUCCUCUGGCACCAGAUGGGAACUCUGUAAAUCGACCCAAAGGAAAGAUGGCAGCAGACGCCCUUAAUUCGUUCAUUGACAAGAACAUUUCGGAUCCCAGCCUUUCAGCGAGACCUGCCAGCCGCUCUGGUCCACCCGUAUCCAUGGAGGAGGAGACUGGGCUGGGCUUUUCUCCUGCUAAGAGCCUCCAGUCUCCCGAACACAGCGGCAGGCACGCGCGAGCCGACGCUCAGGGUCGGCGGGGCCGCCGCUCCGAGACCUUUAACUCCCCUCCCUCUGUACCUCGACACCCACCCUCCGCUACCCGCGUCUUUCCGGAAGGCGCGCAGCCGGCGGGCCACCGGCACACUUUGGACCGCUCGCUGUGGGAAAGCGGUCCGGCAGCGAGUUCGUCCGACGCGCCGCCUCCGCAAGCGUCUUCUGAACAGGGCCUUAACUAUAUAGACCUUGACUUGGCCAUUAAAGAGAGCCCUCAAGGGGGAGCUGAGCAUUCGUCUGCCACCUACAACAUCGGCGCAGGCGCUACGGGCAGCGGUGCCAGCUCUAGUCUCAACACGUACGCCAGUAUUGACUUCUAUAAGUCAGAGGAACUGAGAGCACACCAAAUUGGCAGAAAGGAAGAUCCAGGAGGCAAAAGAGCAAGUGGUCAGCCUGAGUCAAGUUGAUGUACGAGCACUUAUCCAGAAGUGUCCCCUGAGAUUGUUGACUUGUUCACAAGUCUAGCAUGGAAGCAGCGCGACGCCUCCGCACUCGGCAGCCCCACCGUUGCCGCAACACAACCGUACGCCGAGUCCAAAACACUGGAACUCUGGGAAAAACCAUUCCUCAUCCCGUCCGCCAUGCUCUGGCAACCAAACAUGUGCCAAACACACGCACGCACGCACGCACGCACGCAUGCGCACACACACACACAGGGUAAGGAAUAUAUCUGUUUUUAUGCCUUGCUCUGA